UAACGUUGCUGUCGACAGCUUAAGCUCGUCCGUUGGAGCGAUUCAUCCCCUUCCUCUUUCAUCGUUUGCAUCUUCUCUCUCUCUCUCUCUCUCUCUCUCUACAACCUUCGUUUCAGUUGCUGCAAGUUGAAGAUUCGAGGGUAUCCUCGUUACAGGUAUGGCUAGAUCGUUGGCUAGCGUAGCCUUUAACAGCGUCAAUUCGACGGUAAAAACGAAGGUGGCAUUGGGAUUAGGACUCCAGCGAUGGGCGAAAUACUCAACGAGGACAGGUGGAGAUUCAGAUACACACGAAGAUUUCCGACCAGCCAGCAAUCUUGGAAUUUCGGGAAUCUCCGUGCAUGAUGUUGUUCAGCAGGAUGUUAAGGAAAACCCAGUGAUGGUAUACAUGAAGGGUGUUCCAGAUGCUCCGCAGUGUGGAUUCAGUGCUUUGGCUGUGAAAGUCUUGCAGCACUAUGGAGUCCCUAUAAGUGCAAGGAAUAUUCUAGAAAAUCCCGAGCUAAAAGAGGGUGUAAAAGCCUAUUCCAACUGGCCGACUUUUCCCCAGGUUUUUAUAAAGGGGGAGUUCGUAGGAGGAUCUGAUAUUGUUCUAAACAUGCAUCAGAACGGCGAACUCAAGGAAUUGCUUGUGGACAUCGGAAAAGAAAGCGGCGAAUCCUAAAGCCUUUUCAACGUAAAGAUCAGCUUCUCAUCGCCGAGACUGUCGUCGCUGUAUCUUUUGCUUGACUUCGCAUAACAAGCUGUUGCUCGCCUGAGUUUGCGGAAAAUUCAUUUUCUUUCCCUUGUAUUGCUUUUGAUGCAGAAGAUAUAAAAUACUUGUGCUUAACCCCCAUAAAUGUUGCAUAAAUUCUUUGUAGGCCAAUUUGCAUAAAAAAUCCACUAGUUUUGCGCUUUUGUAAAA